AUCCGACGGCAGACAUGCGUAAGCGCAUCCAAACUGUUUUACAUACGGUCCGCGGUGGACUUCAGUUCCCAGCUAGCUUUCGACACGUGCAGCCGUUCCGGUUCGGUGGACACUGUGAACGGUGUGUGACACUGGUUGUUUAAAGUUUCCGAUACGAAGAGCAAAACUGCAACAACCGCGCAAAGUGAUCCUUGUGUCUUGCGGCCUUCGUUAGAUGGAGAUUUUCCGCAGAGUUUUUAGUCCCAAUCAAGUUUUCGUCCAUAUGUCUUCCGUCUCGAAACACUGCGCCCCUGUGGUGGUUCCUUAACGCAAGUUUACUUUGGUACAAUCAAUAAACACCUCCGAUGUGCCAAUAAUCUAAUUAGCGUCAGUUCUUGUCGACGUGUCAGAAAAGAGGAACCAUACAUCAAUCGUAUGGUUGCCGGGCUAUAUUUUGAAGCACAUUCAUUAACUUCAACCAAGGAGCACUGUCAUGCAGAUCGGUGCAAUAAAAUUCGGCAUGAUACAUCACAGUGCGUUCAAUCACAAAUUCGCCCGUCCAAUUGUCAAUGUGGCGCUUGCACCAGGAGUGGGUUUGUGAUGAAUGACACACGUGUGCGAAGCAUAAGGGUGGAUAGCACGUGCCCUCCAGCUACAGUGCUCUCUGUACAUUGCAACGCGCUUUGGAUGUGAUUACACAUUUUACAACACUCCAACAACUAAGGUUUUGUGCUUCAGGACAGUUUAAAUCCAGUUUUCGAGGGUUUCUAGUGCGUGGUUUUACGGUGUGAAAUGGAUACAGCGCAUUGAGUGUGUGUGUGUUUUUAAAAUGCAGGUGACUUAUAGCAGAAUGUGGUGAGCUCUUCUCACAUGUUCCAAACGACGAUACUACCGCGUAGAAUUACACUUCAAGAAGCCUUACUGUAGAGUUGCGUGAAGCAAGAACUCAGUCUACGUUUGAACUCGUGUAGAUCAACGCAAUUUUGAUAACGCUUCGUCACAGCGUUAUCUUUCACCUGACUUCAAACUGUGUAAACAGUUCAUCGGAAAUCAAACGAGCUGAUUCGUUAUCAUCGCCCUUACUUGGUUCAAUCGACAAACGUCAACCGUUCGUCAUAGCUGACGCAUUCGCUGCAGCCGCUGGAAAUUAGAUAUGCCAUCCAGAAGCACACACACAAACGGAGGGGACUACCAACUGCUGGAUGAACAAUAGGUUUGAUUUUACUGUUUUUGGGCUGGCUCAACGUUAAGCCAUGGACCAGGCAGUGGCGAUCCCGCACGACUAUCCAGAGCCGGUCGCGACAGACAGUUACAUCAUACCGACACUCGGACUCUACCAUGGCACGUUCGUCUUCUCCUAUCUGUCCACGUUUCUGUCCUACAUCACACCGUACGAUCUGCCAGUAGUCUAUUGCAUUCUAGAGCUGCUGCGCGACGCUUUCCACACAAAGGUGUCCUUCCUGCAACUAAUACUCGAGGCACUCAAGGUUGAGUCGGGAUAUAUCUGCCUGAUAGCGAUUUUCUUCCUGAUAUCGCUUAUUCCACUCUGCUACACCAUUGCCUGGGGAUGUGCGAAGGAGCCGGAUGAUGAUCUCAACCCGGGACCCACCGUUGACGCUAUCAUACAAGCGGAGGAGCUAUCACUAGAAGAGUCUUUGCACUGCCGGAAAAGCUUUCUGGGACUGAUGCUACAGGUCGUCAUACUGCUGUUGAUCGCUGGCGUGAUAGCAAUGUUCGUCACGAACGAACAAAUUGCAUCGGCCGUUGAUCACACGCCCACCGUUGUGCGGUCCUCGCUGCUAGACGCGGCAACGUUCUUGCGCGACGCAGAAUCACAAAUGCGUUUCGUGAUAGCGGAAGGACUCGCGACCGCCACCGAGCGCAUUCGGAACGAUCUGGAAAGCGUGGACAAAUUGCUUGGCGAACCGAUUCAGCACCAUCUCGCACUGUUCACCGGUAUCGACAUCAUCUUCGACUCCAUCAUCGAGAUCAGCACCAGCAGCAGCAAUCUGUCGCGCCGCAUCCAUCUGCUGCAGGAUGCAUUGGCCAGGGCAGCUAAAAUCUCGUACGAAGCCGAGUACCGGCUGGACGAGCUGCAGAUACAGCUAUCGGUACUGCAGCGCCAGUGCACGUUCCGUGAUCGUCCGCUUUGCGACACGCUUCGGAUUCGGAACUUUGAAGACACGGGACUGAUCGAGCGCAUUCGAAAGCUGCAGGCCGAUCGCACGCUGGCCAAGCUAAUGGCGAUGGGUGAGGCCAGUCGCAACAGUAGCAUGCACGCGUUAACGCAGGAGCUAACACUAGCGCGAUCCACCUUUCGUAACUACGCCAUAGACGUUAGAAACGUGACCGACAAUCAGGCAGACCAAGUGCACGAGCGGCUGGAAGAAUUGUCCACCGACAUCCAUGCGACCGUCAGUAUCCUUACCCAAACCAUAGGCGAGCUUGUGGAGCAGGUAAACCGGACGGCCAACUUUUCCGAUUCGUUCUUUGAUCGGUACCGUGAAAUUGGCGCCAUACUGUGGUUGGCUGGACUUGCUACCACGAUCAUGACACUGCUGGUAACGCUCAUACUGCUGAGUGCACUCAGCUGCGGUUGUUGCCAUGCGGACAAUAAGGCCGGCAUUACGCUUAUCCUCGGCGCUAUCUGCAUUUGCAUCGCGAGCCUAGCGCUGUCAGGGUUUACCAUGAUGGAGAUGCUACUCGGAGCACAUGGCCAACUCUUCAUCUGUCACCCGCUGUACAACGAACCCGAAUACACGGUGCUCCAGAAGCUCAUAGACAAACCGGGACUAAUCUAUCCGACCGAACCGCAGUACGGCAUCAUUGGUGAGCUGCUGCGAAAGGCGGCCCCACCCGAAGCUCAAUGGUCACAGCCGGUGCAAAUAUCGCUGUCGACGGCACUGAACGAAUGCGAAAAGGGUCACGGAUCGUACUCCACCUUUCAGCUCGACACACUGCUGAAUCUCACCGCCAAGCUCGAGCACCGUCAGCGGCCCGACCUUGAGCGAGCGAUCGAAAGUGUUGGCGCAAGCGAGGAACCAUUCAUUGGCUUUACCGUGCGCAUACAGGGUAUCCUGGAAGAUAUGUUGUACGAUUCGGACCUCAAUCUGACCGGUACGCGCAUGGAGCUAACGCAACUCUCACCCGACAAGGACGUACUUACCUUCAUCGAUCAGCUGCAGCGUGUUUCGGCCCAGAUCCAGGACGUGGCCACAGCGAGUCGCAUGACAACGCUCGGUUCACGGGCCAAGCGUUUGCAGCUUUCCUUGCUGGCACCGCUCGAACAGCUGCGCAGCCAUAUUGUGUACCAUCUGACGGCACUGGAGCUGCAACUCUCACCGUGGGCAGCACAGGUUAACAAAAGCUUGUCGCAUCUGCGCAAUGCCCAGACGUUCCUCGACACGGAAGCAGCCGAGGUGUGUUACAAUCGUAGUGACGUUUACCGGGCCCGGUUACGGGCUCAUCUGGACUCGUACCGGAACUACACGUCCACCGUGCUGAACGGGGGGUGUGCGAGCUGCCGGCCGCUGUUCGAUAUCUUCGAUGCGAUGCGCAUGCUGUUCUGCCACCACAUUAUGGAUCCAAUGAACGGACUCUGGUUUUCGGCCUUCCUGUGUCUGUUCCUGUGGGCAGUGGCCACUCCGCUAUCGCUGAUGCUUUCGUCCACCUACAGGCGGCUCGAGAUACUGUCCAGCAAGCUGCAACACUCCAACAGCCAUCGCUACAAUGCCCGUGCAUCCGUCCGGGAAGAUCAACGAGAAUCUAGCCACUGGUCAACACAGCGAUCCACCGUCAGUGUCAUCCCGGAUAUAGAUAGAUCUAAUUGGUAAUAUGAUGAAAGAUUGACCAAAUUGACGAAAGAAUCUCCCCACUCAACCAUGCCACCCUCAUCACAUGAAGUUGUGAAAGCCUUCAGUAAAGCGCCACGGACAGCGAUAGAAAAUCUCGUUCGAACACGUGCACACUGCCAUUUCCAACCAAAGUGUUAGUAACGAACGAAAGUUAGUAGGACACGGGCGGGCGGCCGAAAUGCGCCACUCACAUUCAUACACACAACCACACACCUCCACACACACACGAAAGAUACGCUUGCAUUUCUCUUUCUCUCCUUGCCGUUCCUUCCCACCAUUCGAAAACGAACCCGGACGCAGAUCCGUCUCGGUGCACGUGAACGCGGUGGCCGAGUCAAGCACCGACGAGGAGCUGCCGCACUACACCGCAUCCGGAGACGAUGAAGAUGCUGGCACCGACGAGGGUGCGGUCGUUAUCGAAUACAUCGAGCUGCGUUACGAAA